AUUUCUUUUUAGUUUCUAGAAACCCUAGUGUAGUCUCAGUCUCCGAGCACCUAAAAUGCCGCCCAAAUUUGACCCUUCUCAGGUCGUCGAUGUCUUCGUUAGGGUCACCGGAGGCGAAGUUGGUGCGGCCAGUUCCCUCGCCCCGAAAAUUGGGCCGCUCGGUCUUUCCCCUAAGAAGAUCGGUGAAGACAUCGCUAAGGAGACUGCUAAGGACUGGAAGGGCCUUCGUGUCACCGUCAAGCUCACUGUGCAGAACCGCCAGGCCAAGGUGUCAGUUGUUCCAUCGGCAGCGGCUCUGGUAAUCAAGGCACUUAAGGAGCCAGAGAGAGACAGGAAGAAGACUAAGAAUAUCAAGCAUAGCGGGAACAUCUCGCUUGAUGAUGUAAUUGAGAUCGCGAAGGUUAUGAGACCAAGAUCGAUGGCGAAGGAUUUGAGUGGAACUGUGAAGGAGAUUUUGGGAACUUGCGUUUCGGUUGGUUGUACGGUCGAUGGCAAGGACCCUAAGGACUUGCAGCAAGAGAUUACUGAUGGUGAAGUUGAGGUGCCGCUUGACUGAGAGAUCAGCAGUUACAGUGAGAUAUUUCAUUUUCCUUCCCUUCCAUCUUUCAAAAAAAAAAAAGAGAGAGAAACUGUGGUUAUCUAGUCGUGUUUUUGGAUAUUUAAGGAUGUUUCAGAAAUUGUUUUCUAUGUUGAGGUAAUUAGAUGAUGAUGUGGAGGAAUUUUUUGGGCAGAUAUAGGUUAUUUUGAUGCAUUUUAAUGGUAUUUCAAUUCUUUUCUGUUAA